CACAGUGGAGAUAUUCAUGGCCAGGAGCACCUCGAACCAGUUCAAAGUACUCCAAUCUCAGUUUUGGACGAAGGGGCAGCUCAAGACGUUCUUGUCCCACUUUAAAAUCUUCAUCUACUCUGAUGAGAUGAUGCCCCAGGCGCGUAUCCACCUCGAUCGUCCUUUGCCGGCGCCAUUUGCCUGGGCUUCCGUGGCCGAGCCCAUGAACAUUGACGAUGAUGUGACUUGCGCGACGCUUUCAGAAGACCAUUGCAGCGUGGCAUUUGGCACUGCCUCCGGCAUGGUCCACAUCGUGGCCGUGAACAAGGACUGGCUACACAUGAACAUGGUGCGAAGGGAGAAGCUCUUUACCGCCCACCAGGAGCCGGUCCUGGCCUGCGCUGGAGACCGCCAGCCUCUCACCUCCUCGGCGGACCGCAUGCGGCUGUGGUGCACACGCACCGGGUUUUGUCAGAAGGUGUUUGCGCACCACGGGGCCAUGAGUGUGGCGUUCGACCCGAAGGGCUGCUACUUUGCCAGCGCCUCCAACGAUAAUGUGGCGCGCGUGUGGAGAGUGGAUCCCGCAGAGCACUUUGUGAGUUUCUUCGGUCACUUGGCACGAUUGGAGGUGUGCCUUUUCCAUCCGAAUGGAAAGUACCUGGCCACUGGAUCGGCAGACGCCACCGGCAGAAUCUGGGACUGCGAGAAACGCACUCAAAUGCGACUCUUCCGCGGCCACAAGGCCCCCAUCACUGCCAUGGCGUACUCCGUAUGCGGGCGCUACCUGGUCUCUGGUGGCCGAGAUGACCUGAUCAUUGUCUGGGACACAACCACCGAGCGAAUAACCUGCAGCCUGACCCAGCCCAACGCAAAGAUUGCCUCGAUCGAUUUCUCCUACUGCAACAAUCUGCUGGUUGUUUGGAGCCAGGACUGCCAUCUGAGCCCUUGGGAGUUUCAGCUGCUCGUCAAGUGCCCCGAGAAGAAGGUUUCGUCCACCCAAGGCACCAAAGCAAGUGAGCUGGCGCUAAUCAGCACGAUUCAGGCCUGUAAAAAUGGAAUUUUCCUUCAAAGUGGGUUCGUCGGCCGCGAUGCCCUGAUUGUCAUCUGGACGAUGAGUUCUCGGAAGGUAAUAGAGUUAAGCCCGAAAGCAGCCGAGAAGAAGACUGCCCUUGUGAAAGCUCUUGAAACUUUUACGUUGAAUGUUGAGAAAUGAUGAGAUUGAUGCAGAAAUAGCUUCUCGGACCCAGGCGCUGAGGCGAGUCAUCGAUGGAAAGCACCGUCGAGUCCAUGAAUAUACAUUCGAUUCAUUUAUAUAAACGUAAACAUACACAGCCCAAACUUCAAACAUUAAAACUAACCAUUCGGAUCCCACUCAUUGCUUGAGCUGUAAGUUUCC